AACAAACGGAUAUAUUGAAUUCUAUGGAAAUGGUGAUACGAUUGCUAAGGACAUCUAUGUCAUGUCAUAUAAACUGAGAAGUUAUUACUAAAUGUCAACUGUCAGUAAAAAACCGUUGGUUAUGAUCAAUCUUGUUUGAUUUUUGUAUGGUGAAUAGUUUAUAAUACUGAGUAGUGUGCAUCUUCAAAAAUUGGAAAAAUGUCGCUCCAGGAUUUAUUUAAGGAAACAGAUCUUAAAUUAUUUGAACAACUACGUAUAAAGGAAACAGAAAUAAAUGAGAAAUUAAUAAAUUAUGUCAAAUUUGUGGAAACUGGAGAUGUAAUUUAUUUAAAGAAACAAAUGGAAUUGUUACAAGGAAAAGAUGGAUCUACAGAUGAGACCGCAAAGGAGAAUGUAGAGCCGAGCUGUUCAAUUAUGCCCAAAAGAACUACUAGACAACAUAGUAGAGCAAAUGCGGAUAAGAAUCCCUUACCAGUUAUAGCAAUUAAAAUGGAAAAAAUGUCUAUAGUUCCCUCUACUAAUUCGACCGAAUCUAAAAACGACGACUCAGCUGAGGAAAUGCCUGCUCCUGCUUUACUGCCACCAAGAAAAAAGAAAAUUAAGAAUGAACCGAAGGAACCAGUUCAUAGAUCAACACGUACUAAGACGAGGAACAAAAAGUUCCAGGACGAACUUGAAGUGGAGAAGGCUGACAGAGGCAAGCCAUCAGAUGUCAUAAUUCAAAAUACUACAGUCACUAUGAUCGAUAUAACGGACGACAAGGAUUCUGAUAAUGAAAAGAAAAAGGAGAGGACAACUGAAGUGGAACCGGAGGUAUCUACACGAUCUACUCGUACGAAAACGCGACUGCAGAAAAAGAAAGAGGAAAAUGAGGAAGCAGAAAAAAGGAAUGAACAAAACGAAUCUCAAAUUAUUACAAAUAAUACCAAACGGCAAGAUAAGGGAGGUAAACCCAAAAAGCUGGUCAAACAAAUAAGUUCUUCUUCCGAUGAGAGUGAAGAGAAUAAAAGUGCCCAAACAGAAUAUGAAGACGCUAUUUCUAAUUUGGAAGGUAACAAUGCAGACGAACCUACAGAAAUACAAAGUACUACAAUGGUGGUAGUACCGGCUUUUGAUAGGACGGUAGUAGUGGAUAAACCCAAAAUGAUUCAUAAUGAUCUUGUUGAAAAUAAAGUAGCUUCAUCUCCACCUAAUGCAAAAGCAACUAACGGCCAAAGUGAUUGCAAAACCCCAUCUAAUACAAAGUCGAAAAAGGCUCAAAUCAAAGAAAUUUUCAGUCCUUUUGACAAAACAUCUACAAAAAAGAAAGUCGAAGCGUUUGAAAAACUUGGUAACGCAAGUAAAGUUUUGGUGAGUACAUCCAAAAUUCCAGUUCUGGAUGACAACGAAUCCAAAAAUAAACCAUACACUCCAUUCACCAAUAAAUUCCUACCAAAAAGUUGCAGUACUUCCAGGAUAAAUAGGAUGACUCCUCAAUCGUCUUCGAAUAACGACAGUUGUUUGUCUACGAAAACAUUGAGUGCAUUGAAAGCUUCGCAAGCAGAAUACAGAGAAAGAGAAAAGAGGAGACAGGAAAAAGAACAAGAAGCACAAUUAAAAAAAGAAGCAUUGCUACAAGCGCAAGCGGAGGAAAAGAGACGCAAACGGGAAGAGAAACAAUUAAAAGUGCAACAACAAAAGGAAUUAAUUCAAAAAGAAAAGGAGAAAUUGUUGGAAAUUCAAAAAUUGAAAUUGGAAAAGCACAAGCAAGCGAUUGCGGAAAAAGAAGAAAAACUACAGAAGAAUAGAGAAGAAGCGGAAAAAAAGAGAUUGUUGGCUAAAAAUAAGGCGAAAUUGGCGAAACAAAGUGAAUCAUCAUCAGAUAACGGAGGAAAGGUUCAAGAAUCGGGUCAAGCAAAAAGGACGUUACAAAAUCACAUACCUAUUUAUAUGAUGAGUAAACCGCCUUUGCUUCCAACAGAAGAUUGUUACGAUUCUGAUGAUGACAUUUCAACAAAAAAAAAUGCUCGUACACCAUCAUGGUGCAAAGAGGAAUAUUUGAAGAGACCGCUUUACACUCAAUUAGUCGCAGGAGAGAAAAUAAAAAAUUCGCUUUUCUGUUGCCAAACGCACAGUCCAGAUCUAAUAGAAAUCUUUGAAAUCAUCGAUCCCAAAAAGUUAAAAAGAACAUCGAGCGCCAAUUGGAGGAAACCUCCCAGAUAUACAUUAUUUUCAGUAACCAAUGAUAUACUAUUUAGUGAAGAUUCAGAUUGAAGAGAUUUGUGAAAUUUAUCCCUCAGCUGCCAGCAAUUUUUCACCCAUAACGGGUAUUUUAUGUGGAAUACAAUUAUAUGUCUAUAAUACGAGGGUUGUCUACAAGUUUUCUAGACUAACAACCUACUGAUUAAUUUAAAUUUUUUUUUUUCAGAAAAAUAUACCUUUAAAUUUAUUAACACAUUCAGUGUAUAAAAAAAAUCACUGGAUUAGGUCAGAUCAGGAUUUUUCUAUUUGGUAUUUUUGUUUUUAGUUUAUCAUGUAAUGAUGCUAAAUGAUUUUUAGUUGGUGUUUUAUCCUUUUGAAGUUAAUUGACGAGAAAAAUAAUAGUCUCUUCGAUAGAAGUGUGUUUUCAAUUUUUGUAGGAAAUUUAUCCCUACAACCUACUCUUGUCAUUGUAUAGUUUCAUCUACAGCUAUAAAUUGACAUAAAAAUCGGAUUUGUUCCAGUUAAACCGUCCCCAGAAAGCAUUAGCAAUAUUUGUUAUUCAAACUGUUGCUGUUUUUACCUUCUCAAAUGCUCAUCACUAGUUACACCGACGUUUAAGUUGAACUACUCAAAAUGUUGCGCUCGUAAAUGAAGGUGAAAAUCAGUACUCAAUGUUUUUUUCAUUUUUGCUAAAACUUUUAUUCAAGUCAUUAUCACUAGAACUGAGUUGAAGUUUCUGAAACUGUUGGAGUUAUUCAUAUGAAUCACACAUUGUUUAUUGUCAUCACACCAACACUAACAUUAUUGUGCUCCUUUGAGUCUUUCUUAGGUCGCUGGUUCGUAUCCGGCUCAAAGGAGCAGAUAAUGUGAGAAUACGAAAAUGCUGGAAACUUAUCAUACAAUCUUCGUAUAUUUAAUUAUAUCCUGGUUAUUGUAUAUUCUUUUCAAAUUUGUAUUGAAAUUUUUGGAUUUAGUUUCAAAAAAACGUUGACUCCUGCUUUAUUCAUAUCGAGGUAAAUCUGCAGUGCAAAUAAUGGAGGGUUAUUGAAAAUUAUUUUUUAACUAAUAAAAUUUUAUGUAUUUUAAUGUAUAUAAUUUAUAUUUUUGAGGUUUUCAUCAAUUUAUCAAAGGCACUAUUUUUUGUUUGUAAACUUGGGUUUGUAUAAAAAAUUGUUUUAAUCGUUUUUAAUGUAGAAUAAUUUCAUAUUUUAUUUUGAGUAUUACUGUAGCUUCGAAUAUCAAUAAAAUAUUUUUCAUUUAUAAA